AUGUCGCUUCCCUGGACACGCCUCAUACGUUUCCGGGCGAGAGAUGGUCGAAUUCUACGUGGUGAACCUAUUCUUCCGACCGACGACUAUGACUUGGGAAGUUUACCUGUAGCACCUACUCUCAAGGCGAAGGUCCUCGUUGGAUCCGAUAUUUUUGAUCGAUCCGGUGCUACUCGAUUGUCGGAUGAAGUGGUAAUUGUGGAUGAAAUCCUGGGGCCGUUGGAACGAGCAGAGGUUCCAAUCCUCCGCUGUAUAGGCUUAAAUUACAAAUCUCACAUUGCUGAAACAGGCCGUCCUCCGCCUCCUGUACCAAGUCUCUUCGUCAAACCGAGACACUGCGUGCAUGACCAUGGGGCUGACGUUAUAAUACCUCCAGUAUGUCAGGACGACCAGGCUGACUAUGAGGGAGAGUUAUGUUUCGUCAUUUGCAAGGACGCAAAGAAUGUUCCAUUGGACGAGGCUACCGACUACAUUGGUGCUUUCACCUGCGGCAAUGAUAUUUCCUCACGCAAAUGGCAACGAGACCCGAAACUAGCUGGCUUUCUCCCACAAUGGACUUACGGCAAGAGCUUCGACACCUAUGCGCCACUGGGGCCGUGCUUGGUCUCAAGUGAAGUGAUUGCAGAACCCAGCAGGCUAUGGUUGACCACGACCGUCAACGGAGAGCAACGGCAGUCUUCAAGUGUUGAUCUCUUGUUCGACUGUGCAUAUCUCGUACACUUUUUCAGCCAGGGGCAGACAUUGGAGAAGGGCACAGUAUUCAUGACUGGCACGCCUGGAGGAGUCGGUGAUCGAAUGCAACCCCCUCAGUAUUUGAAGCCCGGAGAUGUGGUCACUGUCGCUAUCUCACAAAUCGGCACACUCAGAAACGGCAUAAAGCAUGAAUAG